AUGCGGCUCAACCUGGCAGUGCGCGAGGCGGCGCACGACGAUAACCUGUGGGCGUGUGCCUGGGGAAACGAUAACUUGAUAGCGACGGGGUCUCUGGAUGAGCGGGCGAAGCUCUGGGAGUUCAGGCGGGGGGAGAUGGACGCGGAGGGGGGCGCGGAGGCGAGCUGUACGUGCUUGCAUUCCCUAGCAGGCCACACACUGGGCGCGGUCUCCGUAGAUAUCGACCCUGCAGGCACCCAGCUCCUCACGACGUCCCUCGACAGCCACGUCCGCCUGUUCGACAUCACCGACCCCGCGGCCCCCACGGGCCGGCGCGUCAUCGAGCUCCCGCCCUCCCAAAUGUGGCAGGCGCGGUUCGCGCCGAGAGGAGGCAUCUUCGCGGUCGCCGGCGGGUCCGCGAACUCCGUGUCCAUCUUCGACACGGCGAAGGAUGACUCCACGGCGCCCGUCGCGACACUCGCCCUGUCGAGCGACAAUGAGGGGCCUGCAAAGGACAGGUUUGCCCUCUCCGUUGCCUUCAACCAGAAAGGCAGCAAGGUGGUGUGCGGCGGGAUGGACGGUUCCGUGGCAGUGGUCGACCUGCAGUCGGGCAGCGUGGCGGCACGUCUGACGGGCCACAAGGCCCCCGUGCGGUCCGUGGCGUGGGUGCCCGGUUCGAACAACGUGCUCACGGCCAGCGACGACAUGCACGUGCACCUGUACGACGCGCACAACGGCUCGCUGCUCCGGGCGUACACGGGCCACAAGUCAUGGGUGUUGUGUGUGGACGCGCAUCCGGAAAAGAAGGUCUUCGCGACGGGGGGCGCGGACGGCACGGUGCGGUUGUGGGACCUGCAGACGGAGAUGUGCCUGCAGACGGUGACGGGGCACACGGACCACGUGUGGGGCGUGGCCUGGGGCCGGGACGGCGACCGCCUGUGCAGCGCCUCGGAUGACGGGACGCUGGGGCUGUACAGCCUCGUGUGA